AUGCCCUGCCCCAGGCCGCCCUGGCUGCGCCGCGCGCGGGCCCCGCCGGCCUCCGGCCCCGGCUCCCCCGCCGCGCUCUCCGCGCCGCGCUCCCCGGCCCCGGGCCAGACGCAGGGCACGGAGGACGAGGAGGAGGAGGACGGCGACGGCGGCAGCCCGGGCCCCAUCCUGCCGCCCGCGUCCCCCGCCGAGUGCCUCAUCUGCGUGUCGCCCUUCGACGGCGCCUUCCAGCUGCCCAAGCGCCUGGACUGCGGCCACGUCUUCUGCCUCGAGUGCCUGGCGCGCCUGUCGCUGGCCACGGCGGGCGGCGGCGAGGCGCUGGCCUGCCCGGUGUGCCGCGCGCCCACGCGCCUGGGCCCGCGCGGGGGGCUGCCCGCGCUGCCCACGCCGGCCGGCCUGCUGCCCCGCGGGGCCCCCGCCGCCGCCGCCGCCGUGCGCUUCGACCGGCGCCGCGGGCUCCUGUACCUGCGCCCGCCGCCCGCGCCGCGCAAGGCCCGCGCCGCCGCGCCCCCGCCGCCGCCGCGCCGCCUCGGCCGCCCGCUGUCCCGCCGCCUCACGCUGGACAGCCCCACCUGGGCCUUCAACGCCGCCGUGGCGCUCGCCGCGCUCGUGGCCGCGGGGCUGGUGGUGUCGGGCGUCUACCUCUUCUUCCUCAUCCCGCACGCCGCCUCCUCCGCCGCCGCCGCCGCGCGCCCGCAGCUCGUGGCGCUCGCCCCGGCGCACGGCUUCUCCUGGGCCCCGCCGCCGCCCGAGCCCGGCGCGCCCUGGAGCGCCGCCUGGACGCCGGGGGCCCCCGGUGGCCCGGACCUGGGCGCACCGGACCCUCCCGGGAGCCCCGAGGGCGCGCCGGACCCAACGGGGGGCCCCGAGGACGGGCCGGACUCAACGGGGGGCCCCGAGGACGCGCCGGAGGCAGAGGGCGCGCGGGCCGGGCCCCGGGGCCGCGCGUGGGGCGGAGAGCGCGGCGACCCCCCCGGCGGGAUGUGGGGCCGGUGGUGGGUGCGGGGGGCGCAGUGA